GGCACCGUGCCCAGGCCAUGGGGCAGGGCAGGCCUCGGGCCGUGGGGCCCCGUGGCUUCCCAGCAGUGCCGCGGCGUGGGGCCCCUGCGUGGGACGGUGCGGGAGCCGGGAGGCCCCACCCCGGGGCGGUCACGCCGCCGCAGGACCCGGGUGUCCGGGAUCAGAGCAGGAAGCGGGAGCUGGCGGCGGCGGCGGGGCCUGUGGAGCCGGGUGCGGCCGUCGGGGGAGCACGGCGUGGGGCCGGGGCAUCCCACAGCCCCGGCCCCGCCAUGCGCGUGCUGGGGCAGCUGCUGAUGGCAGUAACAGUGGUGACGGGGUUGACGAGCGGGAGCAGAGCCCCCCGCGACACCCUGGCCUGCUCCCAGGGCCUCGCCUGCCGCCUUCUGGGCACCGACGUGCUGUGCGGGAUGGACCCAACGGGUGCCAGCAGCGGGCUGGCCCUGGUUCGGCUGCGGCUGGAGCCUGUGCUGCGCUGCAGCAGGCCGGGAGCCUGCUCACCCUGCCUGGAGGCACGCCUGCGCCUGGCCUUGCCACCGGGCACCCGCCGCCCCAGGCCCUCCAGUACCCCCAGGGCAGAGGGCAGCGGGAAGCGGGAGCAGUGGGCACCGCUGGAUGCGGCCACCUCGCACUGGCCCAAUGUCACCGGGCUGCUGCUGCUCUCUGGGCGCACAUUCACCUCGUCCCGCUGCGUAGCUGUGGAGGUCCAGGCAUCCCUGGCUCCUGCGCUGCCCGGCCAAGCCCUGGGCUGGGUGACCUUCCGGUGCUUCGAGGCCCCGCUGGGCUCUGAGCUCAAUGUCACGGCAUACACCAACUCGUGGGGCCAACAGAAGCUGAGCCAGCGGCGGCGGGUGCCAGACUGCUCGUGGCCCGCGGCACAGGCUGCUGUCCCCCAGUGCCAAGUGCUCAGGCUGCAGGUGUCACCGGGGCCAAAGGAGGUGGUCGUGGAGGUGCAGGGGAACAUGGUGGGGCAAAGCUACACCCUCCGGCUCUACCACAACCAGAGCCACGGAGCCGGCAACUCCGAGCAUGCGGUGACUGCGAGCAGUCCCAUGAACUACAGUCUGCCUGCCGACGAGGUGCUGCCCUGCCUCUGCCUGCAGGUGUGGCCCGAGACUCAGGACCCGCUGCGAACCACCUUGUGCCCAUUCUCCCAGGACACGGAGGCAUGGGAGAGGCUGUGGGCGCGCAGCCGGAUGGUCCUGCACGCUGCGGGGCAGGAGCUGACCUGCUCCCUCUCGGCUCCCUGUGACCUGCCAGCCGAGCUGGUGCCUUGCUGGCAGCCAGGGCCCGCCGGGCCCUGCCAAGCCCUGCCCGGCCUGCAGCAGCCUGCUGUGGGGCAGGGACCCCGGGAGUUUGGGGGGCUGCAGCCACACCCCAACCUCUGCGUGCAGGUGUGGAGCGGUGGGCAUGUCCGGCUGACCCAGUGCCUGCGGGACCGAGCGCUGCCUGGCCGCUCCGAUGACCUGCUGCUGCUGGAGCGUGGGAGGAAUGCCUCACUGUGUGCCCUGGAGCGGGGAGCCUGCACACCCCUCACCAGCUUUACCAGCACGGGAGCGGGACAUCCUGGGCUGCUGGAGCAGGAGCUGCGGCGAGACGUGGCAGCAGGGCAGUGCCGGCAGAUCUGGCACCCUCAGAACAGCACCGGGGGCACGCUCUGGGCCUGUCCUCUGCACAAGUACCUGCGCACCCACUGGGUGCUGGUGUGGAUGGGGGUGCUGCUGGGGGCUGCCUGCCUUCUCCUCCUCCUCCUGCUGAAGAAGGAGGACGUGAAAGGCUGGCUGAAGUCCCUGCGGGCUGACUGUGGCUCUGAGGGCCCUCUGCGAGGCCGGCGGGCGCUGCUGGUGCACGCGGCGGAGCCGACGGCAGAGCGGGUGGUGUGUGCCAUGAUGGCGGCCCUGCGCCCACUGGGGCUGGCGGUGGUGGCGGCACCGGGCGGGGGCAGCGGGGUGGCGGCAUGGGGCCCGCUGCCGUGGCUGCACGCCCAGCACCGCCAGGCGCUGCGGGACGGGGACACUGUCAUCCUCCUCCUCUCACCGGCGGCCGUGGCUGCUGCAUGUUGGUGGGAUGCUGGGGCUGAGGCCGUGCCGGGAGCCAGCGGCCCUGGCUCUCAGCACGGCCUCAGCCCCCAGGAUGUCCCCACCACAGCACCCUGCGAGGCCUUCGCCGCAGCCCUGUCCUGUGCCGUGCCGGCGCUGGCGGCGGGCAGCGGGCGCUAUGUGGUGGUCCGGCUCGAGGCCUUGGUGCCAGCGGUGCCGCCGGUGCUACGGGCAGCCCCUGCCUUCGCGCUGCCCAGCGAGACCGGCGGGUUCCUGCGGGCGCUGGCGGGGCCGGGGCGGUGGCGGCGGGGACACUGGCCUGAGCCUUACUUGGUGGCGGCGGUGGCCGAGGGGCUGCGGCGGGCGAUGGGGGAAUAA